AGCUCCUCUUCUUUUCUCAGCUUGGAUCACUCUUACUCCAUUACACAAUGUUCAGAUCAGCAGCCAAAAACGUUCGUACUCUUGCUACCGCUGCCUCCCCCGAGGCCGUCUUGCCAAAGAAGUACGGUGGUAGAUACACCGUCACUUUGAUUCCAGGUGACGGUAUUGGUAAGGAGAUCACCGACUCUGUCCAAACCAUCUUCAAGGACCAGAAUGUCCCAAUCGACUGGGAGGUCGUUGAUGUCUCUGGCUUGGGCGAGGACUCCCAAGGUGUCACCGAGGCCGUCAACUCUUUGAAGAGAAACAAGGUUGGUUUGAAGGGUAUUUUGUACACCCCCACCAACACCCACGGCAAGUCCUUGAAUGUCGCCUUGAGAAAGGAGUUGGACAUCUACGCCUCUUUGGUUUUGAUCAAGAACAUCCCAGGUGUCAAGUCCAGAUUGGACGGCAUUGACUUUGCUUUGGUCAGAGAGAACACCGAGGGUGAGUACUCUGGUUUGGAGCACCUGUCUUUCCCAGGUGUCGUGGAGUCGUUGAAGAUCAUGACCAGAUUCAAGUCCGAGAGAAUCGCCAAGUUUGCUUUCGACUUUGCCAAGAAGAACAACAGAAAGUUGGUCACUGCCAUCCACAAGGCCAACAUCAUGAAGUUGGGUGAUGGUUUGUUCAGAACCACCGUCAAGGAUGUUGCCCAAGACUACCCAGGCAUCGAGGUCAGCGACUUGAUUGUCGACAACGCCUCCAUGCAGGCCGUCGCCAAGCCAGAGCAAUUCGACGUUUUGGUGACCCCCAACUUGUACGGUUCUAUUCUCUCCAACAUCGGUGCUGCUUUGGUCGGUGGCCCAGGCUUGGUCCCCGGUGCCAACUUCGGUAGAGAGCAUGCUGUCUUCGAGCCAGGUUGCAGACACGUUGGCUUGGACAUCAAGGGCCAAAACACCGCCAACCCAACUGCCAUGAUCUUGUCCGCCUCUAUGAUGUUGAGACACUUGGGCUUGAACAGCCACGCCGACAACAUCUCCAAGGCCACUUACGACGUCAUUGCCGAGGGUAACGUCAGAACCAAGGACAUUGGCGGUACCUCCUCCACCACCGAGUUCACCAACGCUAUCUUGACCAAGUUGAACGCUUAA